AUGGUUCCACCAGUGGACCAUGCACACCUGGUUGACUCUUUGGUGGAACAUGUGAAGAAGGUGGGGGUGCAGUCAUCCUUUGCCCUGGGCAAGUAUGCCAACCUGGAGGUGCAGCAAGCCGUGGUAGGCCCAGACCUGGUGAACCUGCUGCCCUUGCUGAGAAGAUUGCAGACAGUGCAGCCCACCCUUGAGUACAAAUACUCAGACCUAGAGCAGGCAGCCAAGGAGGUUUUGAAGCAGUUUCCUGCCUUGAAAGAGUGCUGGCCACUCCCACAGCAGGCCUCACUCUCCAAGACCCUUGCCCACUGCCUCUUGGUUGUGUGCAACCAUUGCAGAAGGAUUUGCAGAGACAAGGGCAAGUACUUAGAGGCAAGCAGAAAGCUGAGCCAACUGCAGCUGGAGAGAAUGGAAGAGAUUUGGGGCUGGUUCAAUGAAGCAGAACCAAAGCAGGCCCAGCCAGUGGAAGCCUCACCAGCCAAGUCUGCCAAAACAGUGGACCUGCUGGAAGAGUACCAGAUACCCCCUACCCAGGAAUCCCUGGCAGAUUCUUUGCUGGAAGAGGCAGAGAAAGCUGAGCCUGCAAUGGCAAAGAAGAAGGCUAAGGGGCUUGGAGAUGACUUUGUCUUGGCAGAGGAGCAGGCUGUGCACUUCAUGACCUACAAGACUGGAGCAGUGGCACUGAGAAUUUCUGGUGGUCAGCAGCUCCUCCAAGCCCUGAGCCACAAGGGUCCCAAGGAGAGCAAUUAUUUGGCAAAGGAAGCCUUGUCCAAGCUCAAGGCUGGAGAGCCUUUGGGCAAAGUUAGAGCCUGGAAAGCCAAGAAGCUUGCCAAGUGA